GUUUUUUGUCUUUGGAAUAGCAAGAAGAGAAACACGUGGUGCAAAAAACAACCAUAUACGUUUAAAAAAUGUUUGUCGAACGCGUUUGUCGGCAUCUGUUGCGCGAAUCGCAUUCUCGACGUUCGUUGCGCUUCUGCGCUCGUCCGAUCGCGAAACUCGUGCGUCCACGUUUUGAUUGUGUGCGCGAAGCAGUUUCAGAUCGAUAAAAAAAGAAGAAACGGACAGUCGGUCGAAACGAUUGCGAAAGUGGGGUUUUGACGAUACAAUGAGUCGCAUGACGUGCGUAAUUCACGCAAUCAGUGAAAUCGGGUCACGGUCGGUCUUGUUUAUUUAUUUUCUGCAAAAAAUGUCGCUCUCGAGUGUUGGCAUCCCUGACAUGACCCUUUGCCGUGUGUAAGCUUGUUACACUUCAUGCUUACCGUACAAUGUGUUUACGUUGUAACUCCGGUAACACAACGCAUCCACGUAAAUAAAAAACAAGCCCGUGUUAAAAGCGGGCCAGCAAUAUGAAGCGCACGGAAGAAAACAAUGAAGCCAAGCGAGCAUUUGUCAAUCAGGAAUCUAUCAGCAUUGGUUACGACGCUUCCUCCUAUGCUAAUUACUCGGUCUCGCCGUCCUGUCCUACUGUAACUCAACCAUUACCGGGACAGCCACCUUUGCCUCCUAUGCCACCGCCACUUAACGGAGUUCCACCCCCGCCUCAUGUAUUCGGACCAGUGCCUUCCCAAGUUGUUCCGGCAUGGGCACACCCACACACAUGGCAAUGGAUGACACCGCAAACUUCUCUAUCAUCCUCAGCUCCGCGUGAAAUUGCUAACACAUUUCACAAAAAAAUGCCUCUAAAGAAUAAUUAUGCGCGUCGGGACAGAUUUACACACAAUAGAAACGCUAUGUACGUUCAGAGAAAUAACUUUUAUCGUAAAGAUAAAAAUAUGGCAAGGUUCGGAAAGUCACAGGAUUAUCAGUCACAGUUUUAUCGAACUGCAUACUUUAACAACUCAGUAACAAGCGGAUACACAACUCCAGCAAAUAAGGCUGUGAUAAAUCACAUGACAGUUUGUCUACCAACUCAUCCCGUACCUUCUAGUCCGUCAGCAGUUCCAAACAACAGGCACAGUGAGGAAACAGAUGAUCAAGAUGAGGAAGUUGUGGUAAAAAAAAAGAAUAAACAAUUAAAGUGGAAUAGAGAGGAUGCGGAGAGAGCUUUGAAAGCUGAAAAUGAAUAUAAAAUAGUUCAAGCACAGAGUUUAAUAAUUAAGUUUCCAGAUCCGGAUCUAAAUAAAGAUAUCGUUAAAUUGUUUCAUCCUGGUAUACAAACUGUACAUUUUCAAAGUCCGAGCAGACCCAGAUAUUGUUUCAUUCAAAUGGCAGACGACGUUAAUAUUGACGAGGCUAUAAAAGAUUUAGAGAAAAUCAAAUUCGGUGUUGGAUACUUGAAAGUUGAAAGGAAACCAUUACAAGAUGAAGAUAAUCCGAUGCCCGAAGACAUAAAUCCAUACGUUUUAUAUCUUGGAAAUUUGCCAAACAAUAUUAAGGUAAAGGAACUGAAAAGCAAAUUUCCAUCUGCAAGAGUGGAUGUAGGGUAUUCGUACAAAAUGAGGAACACACGAUAUGCUGAUAUAAGAUAUAAUAACGUAGACGAAUCGAUAUCGGCUUACAAACGAGCGCACGACUUGAUGUGGGAUACGAGAAGUGUCAUUAUUAGAUUUAGACGAUACCGAGACAGUACUUGUCUUCCUGGCAAGGGUAAGCCUGAUGUCAAGAAGGUUAAAGAAGAGCCGAACAAUGCACAAGUAAAAAAUGAACAGAACGCAAAUAGUACUGAAGCAAAAUCUAAAAAGCUCAAAGAGGAUGGAAAUAAUGACGGACAAGUCAAGAGGGAGAAGAAAAUCACUCAGAUAGAACAGAACGCAAAUCAUAAUGAAGCUAAGUCUAAAAAGCUCAAAGAAGAUGAAAAUAACGACGGACAAACUAAAAAAGAAGACAAAAUCACUCGUGCGAUUAAAUCAUCGACGAAUGAAAAUACAGAUAGCGCAGAAGCACGUUUGCAAGAUACUUCGAAUAAAGCACAAAGUAAAUCGGUCUUGCAGACUGAGAAACAGAAUUUCCACUCGUCAUCGCCAACCUCAAUUACAUCAGCUAAACCAAUACAAGAACAACAACAAGGGACAUCGCAGUCUCCUCAGAUAUCUUCAGCAUCCGAAGCUCCACCACCACGUCCAACUGAAGCUGGAGGAGUUGCUGAGGAAACAGUGAUGCUUAGAGAAAUCAAACAAGAACCUGUAGAUUAUGAAGAAAUGGAAAUGCCAUGUAAUAUGGGAUCGGAAGAUGAUGACGACGAUGACGACGACGACGACGAUGAUGACGAUGACGAUGAUGAUGACGAUUACGACGACGACGAAGAGUUGGAUGAUACUGACGAUGAAGAUGAUUUUGUGGAGGAUGAUAAUGAAAAAGAUAUCGAUAAUGAUAAUACGGUGUUCAAUCAAAGAUUGGCAAAAAAAACGCGGAAUGACAAAGAAGAAUCAACUGACCAUCUCGAUCAUAUGUUUGAAGAACUGGAUAAUAUGACAGGCAAUAUCGAGUUUCCGAAGACCUGAAUAACUUAUUAAUUAUUUGAAAUACUCGAUCUAUUUCAAUUUAAUGAACUUUAAUUUCGUAUAUACUUUGUAAAUACUUUAUAGAUUGUAUAACGUAAACAAAUAAGACUGCAUGUAUCUAAAGACAGUAGCGUACUCAAUUAGUUACAUUAGUUUACGUUAGCAUUUGUAAGUAUUUUUUCCAAUGUGAAUUUUUUGAAACAAACAUCACGUUAUACCAAGUGGAACCUAUGAAAUUGUGUAAGCUAAUGUAUUAUUAAACUUAUUAUUUUGUCUA